AUGUCUAGUCUUCCGGAAGAUAUUCAAGUGGAAAUCCUUCUGAAAUUACCAGUGAAAUCAUUAUUAACAUGUAAGUGUGUAUGCAAACCCUGGCUUAAUCUGAUUUCUAUCCUAAAGUUCAUCCAUGAUCAUCUUAGUCUCAGUAUUCAGAAUAAGAACAAUCAUAAGCUCAUGUUUACCGACACGGAGUCGGAUUCUGGUAAGCCUUUGAUAUACUCUGUAGAUUAUGGUUCAAUAUCAUCCCCACCAGAUUUAUCAUGUGAUUAUAUAGGUAACGAAGCUAUUCUCAUGGGUACCCCAUUCGAAUACAAGGAAGGCAUGGAGGUUAGGAUUUUGGGUGCUUGUAACGGUCUGUUUUGCUUUGGUAUUUGUAUUGAUGCAGAGACUAGCAUUUGUAUUUGGAACCCAGCAACUAGAGAAUAUAAGAAAAUACAACAUUGUGAUUUUCGUAUCACCCCCAAGCAUUUUCCUACAGUCGGGUUUGGUUACGAUAGCAAAACUGGAGGUUACAAGAUGGUCAAAAUUUCGGAUUCUAUAAAAACCGGUUGCUGUGAAGUCGAAGUAUAUACAUUUGUUGGAUCACAUCCGUCAAAAACUAUUCAUACCUUCCCUUACAUUCGAACCUUCCCAAUGACUAUAUUUUUUUGUGGUGUUAAGCAAUUAUAUUAUUAUAAGGUCUCGGUCCAAGGUUUCUCCAAUAGUAGUAUACUCUCUUUUGAUACUAGUAAUGAGAAACUAACGGAUGUUACAUUGCCAGAAGAUAGUAACGUGGAAAUGUCGCAUAAGACGAUUGGAACGUUGGGAGGCUGCCUUAGUUUGUUUUUAGUCAAUGAGAAGUGGAUCCAAGCUGAAAUAUGGGUAAUGCAGGAUUAUGGAGUAAGAAAAUCUUGGACUAAACUAUUCACCACUGUUCAAAAACAAACUACUAAUUGUCCUUUCUGGAUGCCGAUCCUCUCACUUAAAAAUGGUGAUAUUCCGAUUUGUAACGAUGCCGGUUUUGUUUUAUGCGACCCAAGGAAUGAAAGAGUUGGAAAGGUGAGCAGUUUUUUCCGAAAAAACAACAUCACUGUUCGUACUUUUACUAUGCUAAUGGCUCGUCCGGAGAGUUAUGUUGAGAGCCUGGUUUCGCUUAACUCGGGUGCUUAUGUGAAGAAGCCUAAGGGAUAA